AGCCUGCGGGGUGGUGACUGACCAGCCGCGCCGCUUCCCAGUCGCCUGCGCCGCCUCAGCCGCCUCCGCGCCGCAGGCCCGGGGCCCUGCCGCUCCAGGCUCUGUCCGGCCCCGUGUCCCCGCGUCCCCGCGUCCCGGCGCCCGGCGUCCCGGGUCCCGCAAGAUGACGCUGAAGGCGAGCGAGGGCGAGAGCGGGGGCGCCAUGCGCACGGCGCUCUCCGACCUCUACCUGGAGCACUUGCUGCAGAAGCGCAGCCGGCCCGAGACUGUGUCACCCCAGCUGAGUGCCGUGACGGAGGACAUGUACACCAACGGGCCCGCCGCCCCGGGGAGCCCCACCCGGGUCCAGGGCCAGGAGGCUCGGAAGGUGCGGCUCAUCCAGUUCGAGAAGGUCACCGCGGAGCCCAUGGGAAUCACGCUGAAGCUGAAUGAGAAGCAGUCCUGCACGGUGGCCAGAAUCCUCCACGGCGGCAUGAUUCACAGACAAGGCUCCCUUCACGUCGGAGAUGAGAUCCUAGAAAUCAACGGCACGAACGUGACUAAUCACUCAGUAGAUCAGCUGCAGAAGGCAAUGAAAGAAACCAAAGGAAUGAUCUCAUUGAAAGUAAUUCCCAACCAGCAAAAUCGGCUUCCUGCACUGCAGAUGUUCAUGAGAGCGCAGUUUGACUAUGACCCCAGAAAGGACAACCUGAUCCCUUGCAAGGAGGCGGGGCUGAAGUUCGUCACCGGGGACGUCAUCCAGAUCAUCAACAAGGAUGACAGCAACUGGUGGCAGGGACGGGUGGAAGGAUCCUCCCAGGGGUCGGCGGGCCUGAUCCCCUCCCCCGAGCUGCAGGAGUGGCGCGUGGCGAGCGGGGCUCAGUCUGCUCCGAGUGAGGCUCCGAGCUGCAGUCCCUUCGGGAAGAAGAAAAAGUACAAAGACAAGUACCUGGCCAAGCACAGCGCAAUCUUUGAUCAGUUGGAUGUUGUUUCUUACGAGGAAGUUGUUCGGCUCCCUGCGUUCAAGAGGAAGACCCUCGUGCUCAUCGGAGCCAGCGGCGUGGGCCGCAGCCACAUCAAGAGCGCCCUGCUCAGCCAGAGCCCGGACAAGUUCGCGUACCCCGCCCCGUAUACGACACGGCCGGCCAAGAAGAGUGAAGAAGACGGGAAGGAGUACCACUUCGUCUCCACAGCGGAGAUGACGCGGAGCAUCGCUGCCAACGAGUUCUUGGAGUUUGGCAGCUACCAGGGCAACAUGUUUGGCACCAAAUUUGAAACAGUGCACCAGAUCCACGAGCAGGACAAGAUCGCCAUCCUUGACAUCGAGCCCCAGACCCUGAAGAUUGUUCGGACGGCAGAACUUUCACCCUUCAUUGUGUUCAUCGCACCCACUGACCAGGGCACUCAGACGGAAGCCCUGCAGCAGCUGCAGAAGGACUCCGAGGCCAUCCGUGGCCAGUAUGCUCACUACUUUGACCUCUCACUGGUCAAUAACAGCGUCGAUGAAACCCUUAAGAAAUUGCAAGAAGCCUUUGACCGGGCAUGCAGUUCUCCGCAGUGGGUGCCCGUCUCCUGGGUUUACUAAGCUUGCAGAACAGGGGGAACGACUAUGGGCCCCUGUCGAGCCUUAGGAACUCCAUUCCCCUUGCUUUAAGACAAACAGGAUCGCCCCAGCUAGCUCUGUGUCAGCUUCCAGCUCUCUGCAACUAUCCUCAUGACCAGUGGGUAUCCAUCUUGUUCAGGUUUCUGAAGGGCUGGGCUCUGACUUCCCUGAUAGACGGGGCCCCGUGGAUCGGGAUUUCCAAAGGAUCUCUGGAAAUUGGGGUCCGGAAGUACUAUCCAAACACAGCUGCUGAUCAAAGAUGGUACACACGGGGAGGAAAAGCAACGGACCCUGUCCCUCUGAAGCCUGCACUCCUUUACCUUCAGUCACACUGGGCAUUUCAUUUGUCUUUGCUUUGAAGAAAGCUUUAACUGCAACUUUCUAAACUGCCAAAUGAAACAGCUGUGCAAUAGGAUGAGGUCUGCUCUAGCGAAACCCUCAAAAGCAAUAAAAGUGUUGCUGUGUUAAAAUAAAACGCCAAUGACCUU